AUGCAAAUUUUCGGUCUUUGUUUUAUAAUUGAAAAAGAAGUGAAGCCAAUUCCUUUACAAAAUGUUGUGGUUAAAGCUGAUAUCGUUGAUAUGAUCAGUGAAGUUACUAUCAGCCAGACUUAUAAAAAUGUCGAAAAGGAUACCAUUGAAGCUCUUUAUAAGUUUCCUAUUUACGAAGCCGCGGCUGUCUGCGGAUUUGAAGCGGAAAUUGAUGGACAAAGAAAAGUAAAGGGUGUCGUUAAAGAAGCUAAAGAGGCUGCUAAAGAAUACUCUGAAUCAAUUCAGCAAGGACAUGGUGCUUAUUUGUUAGAAUCAGAGUCAUCAGACGUAUUUCAAUGUUCUGUUGGGAAUAUUACAUCCGGGCAAAUUGUAGUCAUAAAGAUUACAUACGUUACCGAACUUAAACAUGAUUCUGAAACAGAAAAGAUUCGUUUUGCCGAUGUUGUCUCUUAUUCUAAUAAAGCUGAUUAUUAUUUAGAUCUUACAGUUACUUGUAGGAUGACUUCGAUUAUUCAAAAUAUUGAAUCACCUUCACAUAAUAUUUCUACCGAAAUGAAUAUCGAUGAAAAUCCUAAAAUCUCUAAAAUCACUUUGGCAGAACAGAUUACUUAUCUGGAAAAGGAUUUCAUUCUUGUGGUUAAGAGUAAAAAUCUUGAUCAACCACGGGCUUUCGUUGAAUACAAUCCUGAAACUCAAACCAAUUGUGUUAUGUUAACUUUGGUUCCAAAAUUCGCGUUAAAUUCAACCAUGACCGAAUUAAUUUUUGUUGUUGAUAGGUCGGGAUCAAUGAGCGUUGAACCUAUGAAAAAAGCUGCGCAGGCACUUGAGUUAAUUUUACGUUCGCUCCCAGGAGAUUGUUACUUUAAUGUAGUAUCUUUUGGAUCUCAUCACGAUUCUCUUUUUCCAAAAAGUCAACUUUAUUCCGAAACAUCUUUAUCUAAAGCUAUAGAACUUGCUCAAACAAUGACCUCAAAUUAUGGUGGAACGGAAAUUUUUCAAGCAUUAAAAUGGGUAUUUGAAAAUUCAAGGGAUGAUAUGCCAACAUCUGUAUUUCUAAUUACAGACGGUGAAGUUUAUAAUGUUGAUGAAGUUGUAGAACUUAUACGUGAAAAGGAAGAAAAGAAGAAGGAUGAUUUACGUAUUUUUUCGUUAGGAAUUGGUGAUUCUGUUUCUCAUGAUUUGGUCGAAUCUGUUGCUCGUGUCGGUAGAGGAUAUUCCCAAUUUGUAACAACUAAUGAAAGGAUGGAUAAAAAAGUUAUUGGAAUGUUGAAGAAUUCAUUAAAACCACCGAUCAAAGAUUAUAAAAUUACUUGGACUGAUGUUGAUUUCUCGGAGUCAACCGAAAAGGAAGUAAUUCCGAUGGAGGAAGAUAAACCUAUUAUUAGUUUAUAUAGCGACAAGACGGAACCUCCGCCAUCACCUCCAAGUAAUAUCUUUACUGAUAUAAAGGUUCGACAAGCUCCGUAUUUAAUUCCGCCUAUUUAUCCUGAUGUUCGUUUCGUUGUAUAUUGCAUUUUGGAGAAAAAUAUUGAACCGCGUCGAGUUAUCACUAUAAAUGCCACUUCUCAAGAUGGUCCCGUGAAGCUUGAUAUUUCCUUGGAUCCCGUUACUUUGCAAGGUUUAAAGAUUCAUAGAUUAGCGGCGAGAAAACUUAUUCAAGAUCUUGAUGAUGGAAAAUCAUUUCUUCAUAAACAUCCUAAAAAUUCUGGUAAACAUAUUCCAGCUUCAUUGGUUAAAGAUCAUAUUGUUGACCUUGGUAAAACUUUUAAUCUAGUUUCAAAACAUACAAGUUUUAUUGCAAUUGAUGAAAGAAAUAAUGAAACAGUAUCCGAAGCUCAGACAAUCCCGAAAAGACAAGUUCCUCAGCAAUAUAUGAUAAGGGGUGCGAGUGCUAUGUUUGCGACGGCGAGUCCAAGUCGUUUAAUGUUUUCACAAGCACCAGCUAGCGCGUCAUUUGGUAGUAGAAUUGGUAGUAUACAGACAUCAAGUAUGGAAAUGAAAAGUAAACGAAGUGUUAUAGUCGAACAUCGAGAACCAAAAAUUGAAAAUUUAUAUGAAUUUUUAAGUCUACAAUCAUUUGAUGGUAAAUUCUUGCCAAAUGAGUCAUUUUAUAAGUUUUUUUAUCAAAAAGAUGUAAAUGAUUUCAAUGAUUUAAUCGGAGAGAUUAAAAAAGAAUUAGGCGAUAUUGAAGAAAUUGAAGGAAUAUUAAGUACUUGUAUUGCUAUAGCUUAUCUGGAAGUUGUCUUGUUUGAGAAAUUUAAGGAUGAAAGUGAAAUGUGUCAUGAAAAAGCUGAAGAUGCUUUAAAGAAAAUUGUUGGAGAAGAAAGGAAAGAAAAAAUUGUUAUUGAUAAAGCUAAAGAAUGGAUUAAAAAUUGGGUGGGUAAAUAA